CAGGGAAAUAUUAAAGAAAUAUGCGGAAAAAAACGAAAGUUUUAUUUUUUUUUAAAUACACUGGACUUUUAAGUGUUAUUAUCAUUAUUUUACAAGGAUACAGAGAUGCGUUCACGCGAUCACCUUUCUCACGUGAGAGACUACGGUCUCCACAACAAAAGAACAUUCAAUCAAGAGGAGCCUUGAACAUCAUAACAUAUUAUGGAAACGGGGCUGAAAAGAACAAGACUGAACAUUCAACAAGUGGUGAGGAAAAUAUGGAAGCAGGAUCCUCCGGGACUAUCCAAAUAAUCAGCAACAAAAGCAUAAUUGUUAUAAACGCUUACUUGAGAACGGGAUCAACAUUUACAGCUUCAUUGUUUGAGACGUAUCCGGGUGUAUUCUACAUUUUUGAACCCCUUCAUGACAUAGAGAAAGGUUUUCGAGCUGCCGAGGCUGCAAAAACAGACGUAUAUUUACAAUACGUUGAUUCUUCAAGUAUAUGCUUUCAAAAUUCAUACAGGAAAGUGACGAUUUCAAAACGCUCCUCUGUGUAUUUGGAAGAAGUGUGCUCGUGGCUGUCAUGUCGGCUCCAAGAUUUGUCUAAAACUUCCCUUAAUGAACAGUUUCUAUCACAAUAUAAAACAAAAAUGAAACCAUUUCAAACAUGCAUGAGGAGAGCUAAGAUCAGUCUGAAUGGUUUAAACUACGGUAGCGCAAUUACGUCAUGUCUGAAAAAGCCAAUACAAGACUGUCAAAGCGCUUCCUUUGUAGUUUUAAAGUUUAUACGCAUGCGCAUUGGUGAAUUGGCAAGUCUGUUGCCAUAUUUUCCAAACAUGAAAAUCGUGCAUUUGAUAAGGGAUCCACGUGGAAUGUUCAAUUCAAGGAACCAUGUUGGUUUAAGUAAAGUGCAGCGAAACAGCAGUGACAAAGAUGCAGUUCAUGGAUUUUGUCGACUGUUAGAAGAAGAUCUGAGACAUUCAAAAGAACUUUCAAUUUCUCAUCCAGACAAAAUAUUUGUUUUGCAGUAUGAGGAUAUAGCUGAACAUCCUUAUGAGUGGGCAAAACGUUUGUACAAGUUCGCUGGAAUGGAGUACACGAACAGUACGGAAGAUUUUGUACGCCGUUCGACGUCUGCUACGAAAGAUACUGGCAACAUGCAAACUCAGCGAAAGAAUUCAACAGCGACAUCUGUGAAAUGGGGUAUGCAGUUAUCAGCACCGACCGCUAUGUAUAUUUACAACACUUGCCGUAAAAGCAUGGAUAUUUUAGGAUAUCUUCCACUAACAACUAACAAUUUGAGGAUCAUGUCUGUGCCGUCACGUCAUCGCAUAAAUGUGACGUCUAAUUGAUUGGCAUUGAGGGAUUUUACAUAACAUAAAUAACCAACACUGUGCAAUACAAGUUUAUUUCAUUCUGCAUUGAAACAUUCAUAACAAUUAUAAAUGAAAAAGGCUUUAAUUACGAUAAUUGUUUAUUGUUUUUGUAUUGCGGUGCUGCGUCUAUUCUACAUCGAUACUUGUGUUGUUAACAAGAAAUAUCAUCAAACGUGAAUGCAAGAUUUUAGCUUUCAUUGUCCCCGCCAGAAUUUGACAAUAUCACAUUUUUAUGUGUGUUUGUUUAUUGAUACAUUCAUACGAUUAUUAUCGAUUUCAGCUCAUGUCUAUUGACAAAAGCUGUUGAAGGUUAUAAACUAAUGCCAUUAAAUUUAUCUGAUCCAUAUAUUAAUAUAUUAAAAAGGUCUUUGUCCUCGCUAACUGAUAUUGUUUGUUCUAGGCAAGGAAAACUAACAUCAAAAAGCCUACAUUUAAGUUGACUUAAACGUAUACCUAUAAUCGAGUACGAAUUUUGAUCAAUACCUAUGUAUUCGAAUUAGAUAAAUAAUAAAAUUAAUGAUACAACAUUUAUGUUGUAUUUUUAUCCAGAACAAUUGUUUUGUACCAAUUUACCAGUGACGCUUGGUUAGGAAAUACAGUAAAAAACGAAUUUUAUUUGGAUUAAUGUUUCGUGUUUGCUUUUUGCAUUUGGUUAAAUAUUUGUGUUGGUAUGGCGUUCCGAGUUGGUUUGCUGUAGCUUCAUUGAACUAAACAGGGACUAUACUUAAACGCACCUGCAUUUGAUAAUUCUACUACGUAAGUCUGUACUAACUACUAAUUGCUGUUUACAUCUUAUUGAACUGAGUAGACGAUAUACAUUGAACACCUGAGUUUAUUAUUCAAUAUCGGUUAAGUCCUUCUCAUGUAAUUCGAAGUAAUGGUCUCGCGCCUCGUACAGUUGGUCUCAGAUUUAUGAAUUCAUGUAUCAGCCUUGUAAUCUGUCCAGGG